UGUUAAUUUUAACUAAUCAUGCAAACAUCACCCAACUAAAAUGCACGUUUCCCACGAAAAAAAUUCUACCUUCACUGGCAACAGUGGCUUCUAAUUUUUUAGGUCCAGCUUAGCUGUAACUGUAAACCGUUACAGAACCUGAGAGACUCUACGCCGUCGGCUACACUUCUUUCUCAGUUUCUGUUUCAAACGCUUAACAAAAUCUUCAUUUUACAGCUUAAUUUUCUCUUCCGCUGCGGAGAUGAGCACCGUACAAGCACCGCGUCCACCGUGUGGUUGUGGAUUGUUCCACAACGUCCAAUGUGGACCUUCGGCGGUGGAGAAGUUAGGGUUCCUGAAGUUCGGCGUAAUCAAUGCUGUUGUAUUAGGUCGUAGUCGUAAAAGCCUGUUGAAGCCGAUUAUGGCGAAGGAGGACCAUGGCGCGUCUUUGAUCGAUGACGGCAGUCCUCAAUGCCAGGGGCGUCAAUUGAAGAAACCGAAUGGUUUCACACCUCUGACUAAUCACUCUGCUGCAUUAUCCGGUAAAAGUCUCAGCGAGAUGACAAAUAUUGGGAAUUCGAUGAACAUUUUGUGGCACGAAUGUCCAAUCCAGAAAUUUGAUAGACAGCAGCUACUUCAGCAAAGAGGCUGUGUAAUUUGGUUAACUGGUCUCAGUGGUUCAGGAAAAAGCACUCUGGCAUGUGCUUUGAGUAAAAGCUUGCACUCCAAAGGAAAGUUGACUUAUAUCCUUGACGGGGACAAUAUUCGACAUGGCUUAAACCGUGAUCUUAGUUUUAGAGCAGAAGAUCGUUCAGAGAACAUACGGAGGAUUGGUGAGGUAGCAAAACUUUUGGCAGAUGCAGGUGUUAUUUGCAUCACUAGUUUAAUAUCACCGUACCGAAAGGAUAGGGAUGCUUGCCGAGCUCUGUUGCCAAAAGGAGAUUUUAUUGAGGUUUUCAUAGACGUGCCACUAGAUGUGUGUGAAGCAAGGGACCCAAAGGGACUCUAUAAGCUUGCUCGAGCUGGAAAGAUAAAAGGUUUCACAGGGAUAGAUGAUCCAUAUGAACCACCAUAUAGCUGUGAGAUAAUAUUGCAGCAAAGAGGAAGUGAGUGUAUGUCUCCGAGUGAUACGGCGGAAAUAGUAAUAUCAUACUUGGAGAAGAAUGGAUACCUCCGCGCCUGACAUUUCUUGAAUGGGGUCUUUCUUUCUUGUUUGUUGUAGGUAUCGUAUGUAACAUAGUCCAAGGCACAAACAAACUGCUUCUUCCAGCAGCAAGGAAAUCAUCGUUUCCUUUCCUAUGCAUCUGCUUUCAUUUAUGGCAGCUACAAACGUGAAAAAUUGUUCCUAAGUCUUCAGUCACAUUGUAUUUACGACUUCAUUAUUUAGGUGGAAAUAACUGAGGUUGAUCUAUGAGGAGGGAGUUGGUGUUG